GGUCAAAAACACUACAUAAUUCCAGGCAAGACAUUGUUUUCGGUUGCUUGUACAUCAUUAUUUAUACCUUUUUUGGAAGUACAUACCGGGUGUGACGGCAGUAAAUGAAGAUAAUUGCUCAGCCAAACUCCAUAUUUGACGCUGGAUCAGGACGAGGAAUAUAAGACCAGUCGCACGUUGUAGCAGCUCACAAAGCAGGCGAGCCUGUGAGAAUAUUUAGCUAACGUUACGCCUGCAGAAGAAUUUGUGGAAGAAUUGAGAGAAACAGCAGCAUGGUGAAUCAAGUGCAGAGAGUCGAAGACACAUGGCGAACAUGCAGCAAAAGCGACUCAAGUGGCGCGAGCAACAGCGGUUGCGAGAGUUCCAAGGAAAGCUCUCGCUCCUCGACGCCGGUGUUGGACACUGACCGCACGGACAGGCUAAGGGACAAGAUGCGCCGCCGGACGGAGUCGGGCGACCACUGGUUUUCCCUCGAGUUCUUCCCCCCUCGCACUGCAAGUGGAGCUGUCAAUCUCAUCUCUAGAUUUGAUCGCAUGGGCUCAGGGGGGCCCCUGUUCAUAGACGUUACCUGGCAUCCGGCAGGGGACCCGGGUUCGGACAAGGAGACCUCCUCCAUGAUGAUCGCCAGCACAGCGGUCAACUACUGUGGCCUGGAGAGCAUCCUGCACCUGACCUGUUGCAACCAGACCAAAGAAAAGAUCACUGGGUACUUGAGCAAAGCCAAACGCCUUGGCCUGAAGAACAUCAUGGCUCUAAGAGGAGAUCCUAUGGGGGCUGACUGGGAAGAGGAAGAAGCGGGCUUCAACUACGCCACAGACCUAGUCAAACACAUACGCUGCGAGUUUGACGACUACUUUGACAUCUGCGUUGCCGGCUACCCCACUGGCCACCCGGAGGCGGAGAGCUACGACGAGGACCUGAGACAUCUGAAGGAGAAAGUGGACGCUGGCGCCGACUUCAUCAUCACCCAGCUCUUUUUCCGGGCUGACACCUUCCUCAAGUUUGUCAGAGACUGCAGGGCCAUAGGAAUCACCUGCCCCAUCCUACCAGGCAUCUUCCCUAUCCAGGGCUACCAGUCUCUGAGGCAGCUGGUCAAACUGUCCAAGCUGGAGGUGCCCGAGGAGAUCAUGCAGGUCAUCGAGCCCAUCAAGGACAACGAUGCGGCCAUCCGCAACUACGGCAUUGAGCAGGCUGUGGGUAUGUGCCGCGUGCUGCUGGAGAGCGGUGAGGUGCCGGGGCUCCACUUCUACACGCUGAACCGCGAGGUAGCCACCAUGGAGGUACUGCGGCAGCUGGGCUUGUGGAUCGAGGACCCCAGGCGGACACUCCCCUGGGCGGUGAGCGCUCACCCCAAACGCAAAGUGGAGGACGUGCGGCCCAUUUUCUGGGCCUCCAGACCCAAGAGCUAUAUCUACAGAACACAGGACUGGGAUGACUUCCCCAAUGGACGAUGGGGAAACUCGUCAUCUCCGGCCUUUGGUGAACUCAACGAUUACUACCUGUUCUACCUUAAGAGUAAGUCGUCCAAGGACGCCCUGCUGAAGAUGUGGGGCGAGGAGCUGACCAGCGAGCAGAGCGUCUACGAGGUCUUCACAAGCUAUAUCACGGCCCAACCCAAUGUUGCCGGACACAAGGUGAUGUGUCUGCCGUGGAAUGACGACCCGCUGGCCCCGGAGACCAACUUGCUGAAGGACGAGCUGGACAAGGUAAACCGCAGGGGAGUCCUCACCAUCAACUCCCAGCCCAGCAUCAACGGCAAGCCCUCCUCAGACCCCAUCGUGGGCUGGGGCCCCCCUGGUGGCUACGUCUUCCAGAAGGCUUAUCUGGAAUUUUUCACCUCAAGCGAAAAUGUCACCGCUCUCCUCAAAGUGCUAAAGAAGUACGAGCCUCGCGUCAACUACCACAUCGUCAACGUUCACGGUCAGAAUACUACGAACGCCCAUGACAUGCAACCCAACGCUGUGACAUGGGGCAUCUUCCCCGGCAGGGAGAUUGUCCAGCCCACCGUGGUGGAUCCAGUCAGCUUCUUGUACUGGAAGGACGAGGCCUUUGCCCUGUGGAUCGAGCAGUGGGCCAAGCUGUACGAAGACGAGUCCCCAUCACGUAUGAUCAUCAAGUAUAUCCACGACAACUACUUCCUUGUCAACCUGGUGGACAACGACUUCCCUUUGGACAACUGCUUGUGGCAGGUCAUCGACGAUAUGUUUGAUCUGCUUGACAAUCCCCCGGAGGAGCAACCCGCGGAGCAACCUGCAGAGCAACCCAACGAUGAGCACUCCGACAAGGAACAACCUGGAAAGUAACUAUGGCGAUAGCCACCAACUGAGCGACUUUUUUUUUCUUUGGUGCUGCUUUCGAUAACUUUUCACUCAACAAACACCAAAGUACUUAACUACAGUAUUAUACCUUUAAAAAAUAUACUUAAUAUAUAUAUAUAUAUAUAUAUUUUUUUUUUUAUCUGGAGGAUGGAUCUUAAUCAAGAGGUGCUUCAGUGAAUGAAUACGAUGACAAAUGCAGUGCAUUUGAAAAGCAUUCGGACCCUUUCACUUUUUCAACAUUUUGUUACGCUACUGGCUUGUUCUAAAAUGGAUUAUCCUUUUUUUAAUUUACUCAAUCUACACACAAUACCCCAUAAUGACAAAGCGAAAACGUGAUUUAAAAAAUAU